AUGGAGACUUUCUCUUGGAACCAGAUUAAAGCUGCCGGUGAGCAGCCCUCUGCACGACAAGGACACUCGAUCAGCUUCUUUCCCAAGACAAGGAAGCUACUCCUCUUUGGAGGGCUGGAUGCGAGUGGAGCAGUUGUCAAGGACAAGGCAUACUUCCUUACUGUCCCUAACGACAUCACCGAUCGAUGGCACUGGCAGCCUGUUCGCUUUGCUGGUCUAUCCCGCACAAUAGGAGGGAUCAUGGUUGAUAGAGCCUUUCACUCCACUUCAGACAUCGGCAAUGAGAAGGUGGUGGUCUUCGGGGGGAUCUGCGACGAGAUCACUAGCAAGCAUCAUUCCUCGAUGCUGUUUCAGUGCGACACAACAUCCUUCAGCUGCCAUGAGCCGAAGGUCUACGGAGAGGGUCCCUGCUCCAGAUAUGCCCACUCGAGCUGUAGCCUAGAAAGUGGAGCCAACGGGAGAGAAGUGAUUAUCAUCGGCGGGAUGAAGUCUGAUACUCGGGAGAUUUUAUCCGAUGGCUAUGUCUUGGAAGUUCACCCGACAGCAGUGCGAUGGAGCAAGAUUUCCUUUCAUGGUGACCUUCUUGCCAAUUUCUCGGUUGCCUUCCAUAGCAUAAGUCCAGUGACGGCUGGUCUAAUGGCUCAAGGCAACAUCUUGUUGUUUGGCGGAAAAUCAGAAAAGAACAAGAAAUGUUCUUCGUUGUUGAGUCUCUUCCCAUCUACUCACAAUUACUCUGCUGUGUCGAGCCCGACUCUUCUUGCGAGAGUUCGAACAGCAAAGGAUGUCAACGGCAACAAGUUCAGCACCAGACAGGACUUCCUCAGGCAGCGGCAGGACAGAGAAAAGAUGGCGAAAGGUUAG